UCUCUCUGAUGUAAACCUGCGCGCAGCGGAACCUUUGGACUCAACACUUUCUUGAAGACGGAACAUUAUAAACGACGGACAAGCAUGUGUACCCGUGUUGCUGUGCGACAGAUUCUUCGGUGGGGUGUGAGAAAUGCUACUUCUUCUGUCUUCGUUCCGCUCCAGUUUGAGAGAUGCUACCUCCAGUCUCUUAGCAGAUUGUUGUGUUCCUCUGCACACCAGAGCACUUCACAGCCCAACCAUGAAGUCUCUCCUGUCACAACUAAAGUAGUUCCCGGGCUGUCUCUGCGCUCACUGAUUGAUAUGGGAUUUACAGAUACCCAGGCAAAGCAGAUAUUUGAGUCUGUAUCCAGUGUCAGGGGAGGAAGUGCUGCCAAGCAUAUUCUGUCAACGCUCACAGUUCUGUUUGUUUUGGGCCUGAACCCUUCCAGUGUGCAGAAGCUGCUGGAGAAAUGUCCUGAACUUUACACUGUCAAAGAAGCACAGCUUCAGCAACGAAUAAGCAACCUGCGGAAACUAGGUUUAGUUGAAGGCAGUCUUCAGAGAAUGGUAGCCCAUUACCCCAAGAUCCUGACUGUGCCUGUGAAGACAGUAAAAAAUGUGGUGGCGUUCCUCAAAGAGAGGUGCCUGUUUACUUCCCAGCAGGCCUCAGACAUCCUCAGAGACAGUCCAGCAGUUGUACUGGAGAACCUGGACCAGCUGGAGUACAAGUUUCAGUAUGUCUACUUCCGAAUGGGUGUCAAACAGUCAGAGAUGGUGAAGUUCAGGUUGUUCCGUUUCCCUCUGGAUGAAGUUCGCUGUCGACACAUUUUUCUAGAGCGUCGGGGUUUCUACCAAACCCCCGACAAGAAAGGACAGACGACCAUCAUAAACCCCAAACUGGACAGCAUCCUUAACAAUGACCUGGACACUUUCCUCACACAUGUUGCCCAGGCGACAGCAGAGGAGUUUGAUGUAUUUCAGAAACUGUUAGCAAGAGAAUGGAAGGAAGAAGAGCUGCAACAGGGCAAGAUUGAAGCUGAAAGUGCUGAUGAUAAUGAUGAAGAAGAAGAUGAUGAUGAUGGAGAUCAUGAUGAUGAUGAUGAUGAUGAUGACGACGACGAGGAGCAAACUGGAGGAAAACGUGGAUAUGGGAAGAGGAGAAAAAAAUGAGUCACCUAGAGUACAGAUAAGGCCAGUGUGUGAGAGGAGUCCUAUAAAACAACCAUUGAUUUAUAGAAGAGUUAAGCCUCAUGGAUGUGCAGCAGGGACAGAUGUUUCAGGUUUGGACAUCAGGUAAGGUCACUCAUCUUUAGUUAAUCGAUAAUUUGUCAAUAAGUGUGUUUUUGCAAAGUUUAAAUAGAUCCAAGUAAUAUUUUGUUUUUGCGUUGAAUGUAUUUGAAACAUUUAGGGAGGUGGGGAGGUGGUGGCAUCAUGUUGCUGUUAUUCUGCUAAAGAUGUCCAUUAAAUCCUCAUGCCCCGCCUGAUUUAGGAGAUUCACAAAAAAGAUAGGAGUUAAAUACAGGACCCCAGUAAGAGUUCAGUGCACCUUUUAUUACUGAUAUUCAAAUUUUGAUUGUUCUAAUGCGGAAUUUGAAUCUUUAUUUUUGAUGACAAACUCAAACCUCCUUGGAAAUAGGGAUUAUUAGUGUUGCACAAAUUUCUAGAGAGAUAUUCUGCCAUUUUUUUUUUAAAUCAGGAGUCUUUGCUUGAAGGCUUGUGUGUCUUUUAACUUCUCUGUAAAAUAAACCAAUGAGGUUCCAUUAGA